GUGUGGGAGGCGGCCUGCUGGUCGUUAUGGGCCGAGUGCAUGCUGGGGAAGGAUUGAUCCUGGCUCUUUGUGGGGGGUUUUCUGCCAGCCCCUUGGAAGCGUCGCCUCGACCCUGGACACGCUGGAACGUGAUCGUGAUUGGGCCAGCGGCCCCUUGGGAAGCACUGCCCCAGCGCAUUUGGGAGCUGGUCCAUAAUUGCCUUCUCCAGUGUAUGAAGUAUCCCUCUCAACCUGCCAACAGUCUGCGUCAGAGAAGCCCUUGUGGCCGGAGGUGUGGCUGUGGAGAGCUGGCCGGGGUGGUCGGACACUGCCCAGCUGCUGCUCUCUCCUGUCUCCUGUCCCCUUCCCCGGCCAUGACAGAGACCCGUGAGCCAGCGGAGACCGGGGGCUACGCCAGCUUAGAAGACGACGAGGAGGAUUUGUCCCCAGGCCCGGAGCACUCCUCCGACUCCGAGUACACCCUCUCAGAGCCAGACUCGGAAGAGGAGGAAGAUGAGGAGGAGGAGGAGGAGGAGACCACCGACGAUCCCGAAUACGAUCCCGGCUACAAGGUGAAGCAGCGCCUGGGGGGCGGCCGAGGGGGUCCAUCCCGCCGGGCCCCCCGAGCAGCGCAGCCCCCGGGCCCCGCGGCCCAGCCCUGCCAGCUCUGUGGCCGCCCUCCUCUGGGGGAGGCCCCCCCCGGCACCCCACCUUGCCGGCUCUGCUGCCCUGCGACAGCCCCCCAGGAAGCACCAGCCCCCGAAGGCAGGGUCCUCGGGGAGGAAGAGGAAGAGCCACCGAGGGCUGGGGAGAGGGCUAGGGAGGGCCGGCCAGCCGGGCCCCGGGAGGAGGAGGACGAGGAGGAGGAGGAGGACGAGGACGAGGACGAGGAGGGCUCCUACCAGUGUACGGAGUGCGAGGACUCCUUCGACAACCUCGGGGAGCUGCACGGCCACUUCAUGCUGCAUGCCCGCGGGGAGGUGUAGGCGGAGCCCCCACCCGGGGCGCGUGGCGGGAGGCGGGGGGAGCUGGGGGUGUCAUGAUGGUGCGGCGGCGGAUGGGGCACCGCCGAUCUGUGUCGUCUUAGCGCAGUAGAUCUGGAAUAAAAGCCAGACUGUGUGUGUCGGUC